AUGUCCGACGGCCACCCUGACGUUAGGAACGGUGUCUUCUGGAAGCCGUUUGUGCCUGCCCUCUAUGUUGGAGCUGCUACCGGGGCUUGUGGUGCCGUAUACGGUGGUGUAGCCGGAACUCUCAUCCAGACCUCAAAUCCAUUAGCAUAUACUACAAUCUCUGCAACGCAAUGGUUCUGUGCUGGCACCACCUUCUUCUAUUGCCGGAGCGUGUUGCUGGCAGGGCCUUUAUCUCGAGAUAAAGACUUGCACAAAGUCGCCGCAAGUGGUCUUGCAGGUUCUUGUUCUGGAGCAGUGAUUGCAACCUUUUUGCCUCGAGGAAGCCUGGUGACUGGUAGCAUCAUGUUCGGAGUGAUUGCGGCUCUGUCUCAGGCAGGACUAAAUGCCACGCAAGGCUCUCCGUCUAUUACUCAACUCUCUUCCCGCCUGAGAAACGGGCUCGCUGCCUAUACUCCCAUGAAAUCUCUGUCGGACAAAGAGUAUGAGGAUUUGCUUUUAGACAAGCUCCUCAGGGUUGAAGCAGAAAUUGGUGUACUGGAUGACAAGAUAGCAAUCCUACGAGCGGCAAGGGACGAACACGUUAGCUCCCAGAAAAAGGAGCCCCGGAGUCGUCCAAGCUGA